GCGCUCGCCAGAAACCGGAAGAGAGCGAUGCAACAGCUUUUAGCUGUUUAGUAGUUCUGUGGCUAAACUGUUUACAACAACAAAAACGACUCUUCAGAGUCCAAACUUUCGGCAUGGGAACUACUGCAAGUCAACUCGGGAAGGAUUUGCUGUCAGAAUACCAAGAGCUGACCUUCCUGACAAAGCAAGAAAUUCUUCUUGCACACAAGAGAUUCUCAGAACUGCUCAGUAAGGAUGAGAGAAAUCUUCCAAAUACCAGGGUAUCAAUGGAGAGGAUUCUUACGCUGCCCGAGCUGAAGUCCAACCCUUUCAGGGAAAGAAUCUGCCAUGUAUUCUCAACAUCUGACCAGAAAAAUGGAAGCCUUUCAUUUGAAGACUUCCUGGAUCUUCUGAGUGCCUUCAGUGACUCUGCUACUCUGGAAAUCAAAUCCCACUAUGCAUUCCGUAUAUUUGACUUUGACGAUGAUGGAACCCUUGAUUGUGGCGAUCUGGAGAAGCUGGUGAACUGCUUGACCGGUGAAACAGACGACACAAGACUAACCACUGACGAAAUGAGGCAGCUCAUCAACAACAUUCUUGAAGAAUCAGACAUCGACAAGGACGGAACCGUGAACCUCUCAGAGUUUCAGCAUGUCAUUUCAAGAUCACCGGACUUUGUCAGUUCUUUCAAGAUUGUGCUGUGAAGACCUCUAGUGGGCUGUGGAAACACACCAACCUUUGAUUCUCAUAUUAUGAUGUUUGAUUUUAAGUAAGAAUUUUAGAUACCUGCCUUAAAUUAUACUUGCCUGUGGAUUUUACUGCCUUAAAUAUUUUAUGUAUCAUUUGUGAAAAAUAAACC